UUCAGGUUAUUUUACUUCGAAGUCUCUUUGAUGACAAGUCAAGACUACAUGGCCUAUGGAAGAAGGGGACAGCAUCAACAUUUUCAUAAAGCCAUCAAAAAAUUUCACUUAGCUUGUGUCUGAUUUCUAUGUUACAUUUAUGAAGUGUGGAAAUAACUGAGGUUAUUUACUCUGAUGCAAAUUAUUUGUAUCAGUUUUCCAAGUGCUUUACACAUAUUCUUUACACAAGCAAAUAUUUUUAUAUUGUGUCCACUUGUACUCAGAAUGCUCAGUUUUAAAAGCUAGUACAGAGACAACAAUUAGGAACUGAAUGAAUGUCGAUCACCCAGAUAAUGUUAAAAAAACAAAGAAAAAAAAGAAAAAGAAAACAAAAAUGCACAUAUAAUCUAUUAGACCUAUUUGUAUAUCCACUUAUAUCUACACUUCCCUCACUUGAGAUGGAAUGUUACCAACA